CUUAGAAGCGCCUGCAAUUGAAGCGGGGCUUUCAGGGAGCGAUUCAGAGCAACUUCUUUUGGUUCUGUGAAAUGUUCUGAAAAGUUAAGGCCCGCCCCGGCAAAAGCAGUCAUUUGACUGGAGAGAGCAGCACCAAAAAGCCACAGGCACGUUUGGGGUGGACUUGAUGCGGUAAUAAAUACCAGGAGACAGUAGUUCUAGCUACAAUAGCCUCUUCCGAGGCCUCGUUGCCCUCCCACAGGGUCGCAGCACUGCACGGCGCAAACCCCUCCGCGGACUCGCCCAGCGUCUUCUCCUUCCGCGCCCCAAGGGCGCGCAAACUCCCUGAGCCCCGGUAAGCACUAUGUCGACGAGGGCUGAUCCGCCAAGGGGGCGGGGACAAGCGAAAACGACAGGCGAGACAGCCAAUCGAGGCGCGGGAUCGGCCGGCGGCGAUCUGGCGGCCCAAUGGGCGCCGCGGAGGGCCUGGCCGAGUGGAGGAAGCGCGGGGGCGACAACGGGCUUUGUCGUGGCUGUCGAGAUUGUCGGGUCGCGGGCCGCGUGGCCCGGUGGCGCCACUACUGUCUUCGGAAAGAUCAUCGGCAAGCCGCUUCCCGCCAGCGUCAUCUACGAGGACGAGUGCCUUGUGUUCCAUGAUCUUUCGCCCCAAGCUCCGACGCUUUUCCUAGUCAUGCCUAAGGAGGCAAUUAUCAGGUUAUCUGAAGCAGAAGAUUCUGGUGAAUCUCUUCUCGGGCGUUUAAUGAUUGUUGGCAAGAAGUGUGCUGCUCACCUGGGCCUGACUGAUGGAUUCCGGAUGGUUGCGGGUGAAGGGCCAGAGGGUGGGCAGUCUGUCCAUCACGUACACCUACAUAUUCUGGGUGGCCGUCAGUUGGGCUGGCCGCCUGGCUAAGGCUUUUGUACCCCAAGAGUUGCUGCACGUGUACGAAUCAUCACUGGAUGGAUUUCGUCUGUUGCCCGUCAAUCUAGCCACUGUUGGUGUCUAAUUUCUUGUGAGGCGUGUCUGUGGAAGGUAAUAAAAGCUUUGAGCGGCAGUUGCACAAUAAAGAUUUAGCAUGGGGAUAUCA